AUGGUAAACAAUGAAAGCGGCAUUGACGGGGAGAGAAACACGGAUAAGAUCUCGGCGGCGGUGGCGGCGGCGGCGGCGGCGACCCCGGGGAGGCCCGGCCUGCGUCUUCCCCCGGCGACAGCAUCGUUGCGUGUUUUCCAGCAGAUGCUCCUCCGGUCUGAAGUCGCCCUGCUGCAGAUAACAAGCUCCACUCGGGCCGGCGCUGCAGCUCGGCGCGGGAAACAAGAUAUUUUCUCACCGCUGUCUUUAGAAAUCCCCGGUCCUAUAGACCCACCACAGCAGGUAAUAUCUCUGUGGGGCUGCCAGCGCCGGGUAAACCCCGUCAAACGGCAGCAGGAAGCGGCAGUGGAUGCGUCGGGGGCUCCGUCCCCUUUCGCCAGGCCCCUCCGCUGUGGGCCGUCUCAGGAGGCGGAUCAAGCCCAGUGCGCAAAGGUCAAGACCCCCCCAACCCCAACCCCACCCCACACCUACCAGCUCUCCUACUGGCACACUGGCCAUUUGAUCAUGAGAAGAGCAGCAAGCAACAUGAAGAGGAGGUUCACCUUUACUGAAGCUCUGGAGGUGAUCAUGCAGCCUGGAUCCCCCACUGAGCUGCAGGAUUCGUCCUCCUCUCCUACUGACACUGACUCAGGAGAGUCGGAUCCUGACUUUGUCGUGGCGCCCUCAUCAUCCUCUCCAUCUUCUUCCCCUGAGAGCGAAGAGGACACAGAGGAUCCUGAAUCCGGGUGGACAGGGAAAAAUGGCCAAGUGUGGUUUCCCACCGAUGCGGAGACAACACGUUUCAUCCAGCCUGCCAGAGGUGUGACUCCAGGGCCGACGCGCUACGCCAUCGUGAGGGUCCACAGCGUGGGCUCCGCGUUCAGCUUGUUUCUGACGAAGGAGAUGAUUGACUUGAUCGUCAACAUGACCAACCUCCAUGGGCACCGCACAGUCAGAAACUGGACCAAGGUGGACUCCACAGAUGUCCAUGCAUACAUCGGGCUUCUGAUUUUGGCCGGCGUCUACAAGUCCAGAGGCGAGUCCACCCGCAGCCUGUGGGAUGAUCGCAGUGGCCGUCCCAUCUUCAGAGCCACCAUGUCCCUCUCCAGGUUCCAUGAGAUCAGCACAGCUCUGCGCUUUGAUGACAAGCUGAUGAGACCAGCUCGUCAUCGGGAAGACAAGCUUGCCCCCCUCAGGUCCCUGUGGGAAAUGUGGACGCAUCGCCUUCCCCUCCUUUUCAACCCUGGCACAGAUGUCACGGUGGACGAGCAGCUCGUGCCAUUCAGAGGGCGGUGCAGAUUUCGGCAGUACAUGCCAAAAAAACCUGCCAAAUAUGGGAUAAAAAUUUGGGUAACAGCUGAUGUCGCCACGUCCUAUGCCUGGAGGUGCGACAUUUACCUGGGAAAGACUGGCGAUUCUGCAGAGGUGGGCCAGGGCAAGCGCAUUGUCAUGGAGAUGACAGAGGGGCUCCAGGGUGUCACGGUCACUUGCGACAACUUUUUUACGUCAUACUCACUUGCCCAGGAGCUUCUGCGGAAGAAAGUGGCCUUGGUCGGGACGAUCAGAAAAAACAAACCAGAGCUGCCACCCAACCUGGUCCAGGAUAAAGGACGAGCUGCCCUCUCCUCCGUCUUCGCUUUCACGAGGAACACCACGGCUGUAAGUUACGUUCCUAAGCGGGGGAGGAAUGUGAUCCUCAUCAGCACCAGGCACCGAGAGGCAGCGGUGACAGAGGGAGCAAAGAGGAAGCCUGAGAUCGUCACCGACUACAACCGCUGCAAGGGAGGUGUCGACAAUCUGGACAAGGUAUGUGCCAUUACAUUUUUCUGCAGAAGGAAGACCAAUCAGUGGCCACAAAUGUUAUUUUACAACAUGGUGGACAUCUCAUCAUACAACUCAUUUGUCAUCUACACGGCUGUGGAUCCCUCCUGGAACCAGAGGAAGUUUUUCAGGAGGAGGCUUUUCUUGGAGGAGCUGGGAAAUUCCCUGGUCUCUGCAGCAAUACUGAGGAGACAGCGCCUCCCUCGCACACCAGGUGCUGCCACCAUGGUGAGAGAGAUCCAGGCUUCUGCAGCUGUCCCCGCAGACACCACCCCAUCGACACCAGCAGACGCCAGCAGCUCAGGAGUGAAGAGGGGAUCGUGCAAGUUGUGCCCUGGACGGAAAAAAAGAACAUUUGGCUUUUGCAUCCGGUGUGGCGGACACACUUGCAAAGACCACCAGGUGAUAUGCUGCAAGUCCUGCUGGAAAGACUGA